AUGGAAAGGGGCUUGAGACAAGGUGACCCUCUGUCUCUGUUUCUGUUUGUAUUGGUUGUGGAUGUUUUGCAUAGAAUGGUUGGUGAGGCUGUCAGGAAUGAACGUAUCUCUCCGUUGGUGGUUGGCCGAGACAGGGUGGAGUUAUCACACCUACAGUUUGCUGAUGAUAUAAUUUUGUUUUGCCCCCCUGAAGAUGAGACAAUGAAGAACUACAAGCGACUUCUGCGAUGGUUUGAAUUGAUAUCAGGACUCAAUAUCAAUUUUGAAAAGUCCAGCUUGAUUCCUAUUAAUUGUGAAGAGCAGUGGGUACGCAGUAUGUGUAGAAUGUGGGGUUGUAAGGAAGCUAACCUCCCUGUGAAGUACCUUGGGGUCCCCUUAGAAGCUAAUCCAAGGCUGGUUAAGACCUGGAAGCCUAUCAUCGAUAAAGUGGAGGAGAAACUAAGUCUUUGGAAAGCGAAGGUGCUAAGCAAAGCGGGCAAGUUGGUGCUCCUCAAAUCAGUCUUGAAUAGCCUUCCCGUAUAUUACUUGAACCUCUAUAAGAUGCCGAAGGCAGUUGCCCAGAAGUUGAUUUCCCUGCAGAGAAGAUUUCUAUGGAGCAAGGAGGAUGGGAGGCAUGGCAUGGCGUUGGUGAGAUGGGAGUUGGUGCAGGCCCCUAAAAAGUUAGGCGGGUUGGGUGUCGGAGAUGCUAUGCUCCGUAACACUGCCUUGUUGUUUAAGUGGUGGUGGUGCUUUGCCAAGGAGGAGUGCCCGCUUUGGAAGAAGAUAGUCUGCUCCUGUAAUAAUUUGAGGCCGAAUGAGUUACUAUCCACUCAAGUGCUGCCUACAAGAGGAGGCCCAUAG